AUGGCCAUCACCCACACUGUUCUUUUCCAGUUUAAGGCGAGCAUCAGUCAAGAGGAUGUCAAAGCGGCCGCUUCUCGCUUCCUUGCUCUGAAGACAGGUUGCGUGAACCCCCAAUCCAACUCGCCCUAUAUCCUGUCCCUUAAGGGCGGAAAGGACAACUCUCCGGAGAAUUUGCAGGAUGGCUUGACCCACGGAUUUGUUGUAGAGUUUGCCUCGGCGUCCGACCGUGACUACUAUGUGUCGGAUGACCCAGCUCACCGAGCCUUUGUCCAAAGCAUCGACGGUCUAGUUGAGAAAGCCGUCGUUGUGGAUUUCCAGGACGGGGAGUUCUAG